AUGUCCGUGCUCUCGCUCUUCCCUGUCCGUCUGAUGGACUCGAAUGUCCACGCGCUCCUCCUGUCCCUUGUGGGCUACCUCCUGGGAAUUGCCGUCGCUUUGGCUCUGACAUGCUACGUCGCAUCGGUGGUGUACUGGCUGCGAUCCCCGUUGCGCAAGCUGCCUGGCGCUGGUGAGGGAUUCCCUUCCAUCUUCCUGGGCUCGUUCUACUGGCUGUUCCGCUGCAAGCUUGGCAAAUACCACGCCGCCAUCAGGGAGCUCCAUGAAAAAUAUGGCCCUGUCGUUGCCCUGGACUACAAGGUCGUCUCGGUCUCCGACCCCCAGCUCACCAAGAAGAUCGUCUAUACCCUCGAUCUUCCCAAGGCGCCGACCUACCGCAAGUUCAAGUUCACGGGCACCGAGGUCCUGGCCAUGUUUGCCUCCAAUGAUGUCAAAUACCACAGGAUGCUCAAAAGAACGAUCGACCAGGGCCUGAGCAUCAAGGCCCUGAACUCGAUGGAGCCACUCGUCCAGGAUUGCAUCCUCAACACCAUCGAAUACGCCAAGAGCAUCCAGGACGGCUCUGGAUCCGGCAGGCUCGACAUCUGGGCCCUUGCCAGCCGGUUCACCGUCGAUGUCAUUGGGCAGGUUGCCUACGGGUCUGAUUUCGAGAUGAUUCUCAAGAACCAGAAUGAGGUCGUCGACAGCAUCUACUGGAUCGCCAACUACCUGAGCUACAAGAUGGUCGUGCCUCUCUUCCAUCGCAUCCCCUUCCUUGGCAUCAACGAAACAAACCGCAGAAAGACCGAAUACGUCAACAAGAUCGUCAAGGGUCUCAUCCACGAGCGCAAGUCCGGCAAGACCUGGCGCAAUGACUUUUUGCAGCACAUCAUCGAGGCCACCGACUCGGAGACGGGCAAGCACCUGAGCGAGGCCGAGAUCUUUGCCAACACGCUGAUGCUGUUUCUCUCCGGCACCGAGAGCACCUCGAACACUAUUGGCUUUGCUUUCAUUCGCCUCCUUACCGCCCCGCAUGCCCUCAAGAAACUCCAGGACGAGCUGGAUGGCGCCGAGCUUGAUCCCCGGACCCAGUCCAUUAGCUAUGCCACCGCAAAGAACCUCCCGUACCUCACUGCCGUUCUCCAGGAGACCAUGCGAAUGGAUCUGGCCUUUGCCUUUGGAGUCGGCCGAGAGGCGACCGAAGACAUGGAUCUUGGCGGCCACUUUAUUCCCAAGGGAACCCUGAUCAACGUCGCCCUCUAUCCUCAGCACUACAACCCCAAAUACUGGAAAGAUCCCGACGUCUUCAACCCUGACCGCUUCCUGGAUCUCAACGACGAAGGCGCCAAGCUUCAAGACAUGGGCUUCACGCCCUUCUCGAUGGGCUCGCGCACAUGUGUCGGCAAGAACCUGGCCUGGAUGGAGAUGCGUCUGUUCAUCGCCAACUUCCUGCGGUACUUUGACAUUACCGAUAUCGAGGGCCAGUCCAAGGAACAGAGCAGCUUCCUGACCCUGAGUCUCAAGUUCCCCGAGUACAACAUUGCCGUCAAGCCGCGCAAGAUCUAG